CUCAACUCUCAUUCUUCACAUUUUCAACAAUUUCUAGAGAGAGAAAGUGAUUCUAGAGAGAGAAAAUCAAGAAGCGGUUGCGUCUUUAACAAAAUCAAACAACUUUUUUUUUUUGCAUAAAUUUUGAUUUAAUGAUUUGGGUUUUCAUCAAUCAAUCGUACAUUUCGUAAAAUUAAGAAGAAAAUUGGCAAAUUGCAUCAAGAAACCGGAAUCUUGAAGAAACUGUGGUGAAUUCUUCUGCAGAUUGUUAUAUUUUAAAAGAUCUAGAGAAGAUGCUGUGACGCGUUUGUUAAGUUUCUUCAUACCAAGAUAUGGUGCUGCAAAAGACGUUUGAUUACGGAUUCAACGGUUAUCAGGUCCCGCCAACGCCUCAGGCUCCCAGAUCAGCCACGAAGAGGAUUUCAUCUUGUGAGAAAAACAAGGAUCAUAACCGAAUGGGUGCGUUUGACAUACUAGCCACCGUUGCUGGCAAGUUAUUGUUAGAGGGUGACGAUUCUGUUAAUAAGAUAACCAACGAAGAACUUAAAAUCGUGAACGGGCCGACAAACAACACUGAAAACGAUCAUUCAAAAGCAAACGUCUGUGAUCAAGGAAACUGCAAUAAGAGCUUUUUCAUAUCCGAGAUUAUAAAAGCUCCGGUUACAGACUCUUGCUCGGGGCCUGCUUCUAGCAUUACAUCUUCUGAUUGUAGAAUAGAAGAUAUAAACCGUAAACAAAUGGAAACCGAGGUACCAGAAAACAGGAAACCUCCGGUUGUUGAUAAUGUAAAUUGUAAUCUAAAGUUAGUUAUUCAAGAUGAUGAUGAAAACUCUAGUGUGUGCACUCAGCCCGAUAAGCUAAAUAACAAAACCGUUGGGGCACCAACCCGUAUUGGUAACCGAAGAAUUAGGAGAUUAUCUGCAUCCAAACAAAAUACUGAAGUGAACCGUAACAAGAAAAGUUGCGAUAAUUAUCAAAGAUCGAUGAGGGAUUAUCCGUUGAAAAAACGAAGACUUUAUCUGAUGGAGGAUCCUUCAAUAUCCAACGUCAAAUCUGACUCUAUUGAAGACGGAUCCAGUUCGGUUGCAACGACUCAAAAUUCACUUGUGAAGCUGAAGAUCAAGUCUUUUAGGGUACCCGAGUUUUUCAUUGAAAUACCAGAAACAGCAACUGUUAGUUCUCUAAAGACGAUGGUUAUGGAGGCUGUGAGUGGUAUAUUCAGUGGUGAGCUACAUGUCGGUCUGAUGCUUCAAGGGAAGAGAAUUAGAGAUGAUAAGACUCUGUUACAGACUGGUAUAUUGCAUGAUAAGAAUCUCGAUGGUCUUGAUUUCACUUUGGAGCCGAGCGAGUUACAAGUUCCACCGGUUUUGUGCCCCGAAGAUCAGCCGUUAACAACGUAUACGCAACCUCAAACUGUAGCUAAUGAAGUAGCGAUACAGCAGCGGGUGGAUAAAAGUGAUCAUGAGAUGUCGGUAGAUGAUAAAAGUGGUUUAGAUUCAAGGGCAUUAGUGACGGUUCCAGCCGAGAACGUGGGUCCACUGGCGGUGGUCCCACUGAGGAAAUCAAAUGGAGCUGAGGUGGCACAGCGCAGAAUCCGUCGUCCGUUUUCUGUUUAUGAAGUGGAAGCUCUUGUUGAAGCUGUUGAGAAGCUUGGAACCGGAAGAUGGCGUGAUGUGAAACUACGCGCAUUUGAUGAUGCAAAGCACCGAACUUAUGUGGAUUUGAAGGACAAAUGGAAAACACUGGUGCACACAGCGAGUAUAUCACCACAUCAGAGGAGAGGUGAGCCGGUGCCUCAGGAGCUGUUAGACCGAGUGUUAACGGCUCAUGGUUACUGGUCCCAUCACCAAGCCAAGAACGAGUUGAAGCACCGACUAGAAGCGCAAACUUGUCAACUUGUCUAAAGUGAGAAAUAUAACCGCAUGUAUAGGAUCUUUUCAUACCAUAUACAAAGUGAGAAAUAAGUUGGUUCUUUUUAAUGGCUCGUGGUGGUUCUUUGCCCCAUAGAGACGCAGGAAUGACGCUUGUGGAACGGUCGGGUCGAUGAUGGAAUAAAUAUGAAUUUGAAAA